AUGUCUACUAAAUUCUAUCUCCCAUUUCUUCUCCGUCUACUCUUACUUCAGUUUUCUUCAUUAAUCCAAGGCCAGCAGCCAUACUUAAACAACUAUCAACUUGACUGCUAUGACGAGUCCCAUGUUAACAUAACAAGAGGUUUCGCCUGCAAUGGAGUUAAACCCUCAUGCCAAUCUUAUCUCACCUUCAGAUCACUCCCUCCCUACAACACUCCUCUCUCCAUAGCUUAUUUGUUAGCUGUCAAAGCCGCCGUCAUUACCAACUUUAACGAGCUUUCCUCUGACGUCGCCACCAUUCCUACCAACGAUAUGGUGGUGGUGCCGGUGAAAUGUUCUUGUUCUUCAUCUAAAAUUUACGCCCACACCGCACGUUACACGAUUCUCAACGACAACGAAGACUAUUACACCAUUGCUAAUGAAACCUACCAGGGGCUCUCCACUUGCCGAGCCAUGAUGCAGGCGAAUCCUAUAGAUUCCAGGAACCUGGGCGUGGGUGACGACUUGAAGGUACCGCUUCUAUGUGCUUGUCCAACGAGGAAACAGGUGCGAAAGGGUGUGAAGUUUUUGUUGAACUACUUGGCGGAUUGGGAUGACGAUACUCAUACAAUUGCUGAGCUUUUUGACUUGGAUGAGCGGAGUGUUCUUGAUGCAAAUGAGUUGAAGGAAGAUGACCUUAUUUAUCCAUUCACCCCAAUUUUAGUUCCACUCAGAACUACCCCCACCAAGAUUGAGCAAACUGUGACGUCUCCUCCUCCUCUAAGUCCUCCGCAGACACCGGUUAACAUUUUUGUUGAUUCCGCCCCUUCUUCUAAGAAAUGGGUGUUUGUUGGUGUUGGAACUGGAGUUGGUUUGUUGCUGCUAAUGAUCCUUUUGACAUCUCUAUUUUGCUUCUAUAAGAAGUCUAAGUCUGAAUCCAGACGAGUUUCGAGUGCAGAAACUGCUAGGCUUGCUGAUUGCUCACCAGAAUCACAAAGAUAUCAAAGUGCUGCUGAAUCUUUGACCAUCUACAAGUUUGAAGAUUUGCAAUUGGCUACCGGCAAUUUCUCUGAAGAAAAUAGGAUUAAGGGCUCUGUUUACAAGGGAUCUUUCCAGGGUGAUGAUGCUGCCAUUAAGGUUAUGAAUGGAGAUGUCUCAAUCGAGAUAAACAUAUUGAAGAAGAUCAACCACAGCAACAUAAUUCGUCUCUCAGGUUUCUGUGUACAUGAUGGCAACACUUUCCUUGUUUACGAGUGCGCACAAAAUGGUUCUCUAGACAAUUGGCUCUACUCCAACCAGUACUGGAAAUCCAUUACUCUAAACUGGAAGCAACGAGUUCAGAUUGCCUAUGACAUGGCUAAUGCUCUCAAUUAUCUGCACAAAUACACCAUUCCACCUUAUAUUCACAAGAACUUGAACACCAGUAACAUUCUUUUGGAUUCAAACUUCAGAGCCAAGAUUGCGAAUUUCGGAUUAGCAAGAAGUAUUCACAGCCAUGACCAUGGAGGACAACUACAAUUGACAAGGCAUGUGGUUGGAACUCAUGGUUAUCUGGCUCCGGAGUACAUAGAAAAUGGAGUGAUCACCACAAAACUAGAUGUUUUCGCCUUCGGGGUUGUGUUGUUGGAGCUUUUAUCAGGAAGGGAAGCUGUAACUGAAGACAGAAACAGUGGAGAAGAAUUGCUAUACGCAUCCAUUAGUAGGGUGCUUGAAGGAGAAAACAUGAGAGAAAAACUUAGAGGCUUCAUUGAUCCUUGUUUGAGAAAUGAAUACCCUUUAGAGUUGGCCUUCUCCAUAGCUCAACUGGCUAAGCAUUGUGUAGCUCAGGAUCUCAAUGCUCGCCCAUCCAUGGAUGAAGUUUUCACCUCCCUCUCCAAAGUUCUAUCAUCUUUGUCAGAUUGGGAUCCAUCUGAUGAAAUAAACUGCUCCAAGUCACCAAGUAAUGGCAGGCAAAUGGUGUAUCAUUAAUUCAUUUUCAUUUAUGG